ACACAUGAGUGCCUACCUCAGAAUUACACGUAGCAUAUAGUGCUAAGGCCUUGAAAUCUUCGUUCUUUAUUUAUUUAUUUUGUUGAUGUGUGUUUUUUUAACUUCUACUUUUGCUAGGCCAAAUAGUACAUUUUGUUAUUAAUAAUAAAAUAAUAUAAUAACUUGUUAAAAAUGAUUGUUAAAUUAAUUAGCUUUAUUUGGAUAUUGAUAAAUGUUGUAGAUACUUUUCCAAGAAAAAAAUACAAUUCUACUGUACCAAGUGAUCCUAUUGCUCAUUCAAUCCAAGAUCCAGAAGUUAGACCAAGAUUUUAUCAAGGUGACAUUGCAAUGACUGAUGAGCAAUAUAAUUAUUGGCGUGUUGGUCUUCGAUGGGAUGUAUUUCCUAAUAGAAUGUGGGAAAAUAGAACUGUGCCUUAUGUUAUAAGUGAUGAUUACAAAUGUGAAGAAUAUAUGACAAUAUUAAAAGCAAUAACAUAUUUCAACACCUUGACUUGUAUUAAUUUUGUACCAUGGGAUAAAGUUUCCAAGGACUAUAUUAUCAUUAAGCAUGCGAUAAGUGACGAUGGAUGCUGGUCAUAUUACGGAAAAAUUGGAGGACCUCAAUUAGUAAAUCUCAAGCCUCCAGAUGAAAGUGGACCAAAUUGUCUUGGUGAUGAGCUUGUUACUAUUCAUGAAUUGAUGCAUGCACUUGGUAUUUUUCAUGAACAUGCUAGAGCUGAUCGUGAUAAUUUUGUUGAUAUUCAUCGUGAAAACAUCAUACCAGAUAAGUUGGAUCAAUUUGAUAAACAAAGUCUGGAAAAUACAACAUACAGUUAUGAGUAUGAUUAUCUUAGUAUCAUGCAUUAUGAAAAUAAUUAUUUUAGUAUAGAUCCAAAAAUAAAACCAUCGAUAACACCAAAAAUACCAGGUACUAUCAUUGGACAAAGACAAAAGGUGACAGUAACUGAUUGUCUCAAAGUUAAUAAACUUUAUGGAUGUUUAGAUGAUCCAUGUGAAGCCAAACAAUGGCUGAUGAAAAGUAGGCAAGAUCCAGAAGUUAGUCCAGGACUUUAUCAAGGUGACAUUAUCAUGACUAAUAAGCAAUAUAAUGAUUGGCGUAUUGGUCUUCGUUGGGAUGUAUUUCCUGGUAGAAUGUGGAAAAAUAGAACUGUACCUUAUGUUAUCAGUCGACUUUACAAAACUGCAGAGAAUAUAACAAUACACAAAGCAAUAACACUUUUAAACAACUUGACUUGUAUUAAUUUCGUACCAUGGAAUAAACGAGCCAAGGACUAUAUUUUCAUUAGUCCUACGGGCAAAGGAUGCCGGUCAUUUAUUGGAAAAAUUGGAGGACCACAAUUAGUAAUACUCGAGCCUCCAGAUAAUAUAAAACGAAAGUGUUUUGGUAAUGAGUAUCGUACUGUUCAUGAAUUGAUGCAUUCACUUGGUAUUUUCCAUGAACAAGCUAGAGCUGAUCGUGAUAAUUUUGUUGAUAUUCAUUAUGAAAAUAUUGUGCCAAGAGAAUUGGUUAAUUUUAGGAAAGAAAGUCUUGAAAAUACAACAUACAGUUAUGAGUAUGAUCAUCGUAGUAUCAUGCAUUAUGGAAGUUUUUUCUUUAGUAAAGAUCCAAAAACAAAACCAACGAUAACAUCAAAAAUACCUGGUGUAAUACUUGGACAAAGAGAAUAUAUGACAAAAACUGAUUGUCUCAAGGUUAAUAAACUUUAUGGAUGUUUAGAUGAUCCAUCUGAAGCCAAAAAAUGGAACGACAUUUGCAGUACACUUGAAAUUUAAAUUUAAAAAUUAAUUGUUGUAUUUUGAGAUACAGGCCAAAUGUCCACUUCAUGAUACUCUAAACAUUUCCAGUAUUUUUUAAUUAUAGCAGAUAAAUUAUAUCCUCGAGAAUCAUUGACAAGAAUUUUAUUUGUAUUCUCUAAAUCAUCAAAUAAAUUAGCCAAAUUAUGAAGAUCUUUAGCUUUCCGGCUAUUUUGUGGUGUAAAAAAUGCAUAACUUGUACCUGUUGAUGAUGAACGUCCUGUUCUACCAAUUCUGUGUAUAUAAUCCUCUGAUGAUGAUGGAUAAUUCAAAUUAAUUACAUCUUCGACAUCAUCAACGUCUGCGAAAAUUAAUUUUCAUUAGAUACAUUAAAGAUAAUGAAAUAUAAUAAUAAUAAUUCAUCUAACAAUAAUUAUAAACAAUAAAAAAAAUCGAAAUUGAUAUUGAGUUCAAUACUAUAAAGUUUUAAUAGCAUAUAUUUAAAUAAGCAUUUAAUAAGUAUUUUCGAGGUGGCUUAUUUUUAUUACACAUAAGUGCCUGACUCAAAAUUACACGUAGCAUAGUGCUAAGGCCUUGA